GUCACCAUGGCUUCCAGCCCCAUGAUGAUAGCCCCCAUAUGUUUGGUGGAAAAUGAGAAAGAGCAGCUGAUGGUGAAUCCAAAAGCGUUAAAGAUUCUUAAAGAGAUUUCUCAGCCCAUAGUGGUGGUGGCCAUUGUAGGGUUGUAUCGUACAGGAAAAUCUUACCUGAUGAACCGCCUGGCAGGACAGAACAAUGGCUUCCGUCUGGGCUCCACAGUGAGGUCUGAAACCAAGGGCAUCUGGAUGUGGUGUGUACCUCACCCGUCCAAAUCCAAGCAUACCCUGGUCCUUCUGGACACUGAGGGCCUGGGUGAUGUAGAAAAGGGUGACCCUAAGAAUGACUCAUGGAUCUUUGCAUUGGCCAUACUUCUGAGCAGCACCUUCGUCUACAACAGCAUGUGUACCAUCAACCAUCAGGCCCUGGAGCAGCUGCACUUUGUGACUGAAUUAACAGAGCUCAUCAGGACAAAAUCCUCCUUUAGAUCUGAUGAACUAGAGGACUCCACUGAGUUUGUGAGUUUCUUUCCAGACUUUGUUUGGACUGUUCGGGAUUUCAGCCUGGAGCUGAAGUUAGAUGAACGCCCUAUCACCGAAGACGAGUACCUAGAGAAUGCCUUGAAGUUGAUGACAGGCAAGAAUCCCAAAAUCCAAAAUUCCAACCUGCCUAGAGAGUGUAUCAGACAUUUCUUCCCAAAACGGAAGUGUUUUGUCUUUGACCGGCCCAUAAGUGACAAAAGUCUCUUAGUCCGUAUGGAAGAACUGCAAGUAGAGCAGUUGGAUUGUAAUUUCGAGGCGCAAGCAGAAAAAUUCUGUUCCUAUAUCUUCACCCACGCAAGGACCAAGACCCUGAGACAGGGAAUCAUUGUCACUGGGAACCGGCUGGGGACUCUGGUGGAGACCUACAUGAAUGCCAUCAACAGUGGAGCAGUGCCUUGUUUGGAAAAUGCGGUGACAACCCUGGCCCAGCGUGAGAACUUGGUGGCUGUGCAGAAGGCAGCUGACCAUUAUAGCAAGCAGAUGGUCCAGUGUUUGACACUUCCCACAGACACGCUCCAGGAGCUGCUGGACAUACAUGCAGUCUGUGAGAAGGAAGCUAUUGUAAUCUUCAUGGAGCACUCCUUCAAGGAUGAAAAUCAUGAGUUCCACAAACAGCUCGUGAGCACCAUAGAGGAAAAAAAGGAGAACUUUUUGUUGCAGAAUGAAGAAGCAUCUAUGAAAUACUGUCAGGAUGAACUUAAGCAGCUUUCAAAGUCCCUGAUGGAAAGUAUUUCAAGAGGAACUUUCUGUGUUCCUGGAGGACACAGUCUCUACUUAGAAGAAAAGAAAAAGUUUGAACAAGACUAUAUGCGUGUGCCCAGGAAAGGAGUUAAGGCGAACAAAGUCCUCCAGAGCUUCCAGCAGGCACAGGAGCCAAUAGAGGAAAACAUCCUGCAAUCAGACAAAGCCCUCACGGAAAGACAGAAGGCAAUAGAAGUGGAGCGGGCCAAGAUGGAGGCAGCUAAGAAGGAAAAUGAACUGCUGCAACAGAGACAGGAGGAGCAGCACCAAAAGAUGGAGGCUCAAGAGGGGAGCUUCAAGGAAAAUAUGGAGCAAUUGAAGGAGAAGAUGAACAAGGAAAGAGAAAACAUUCUGAGAGAGCAGGAGAAGAUCCUGGAGCAUAAGCUGAAGGUCCAAGAAGAACUGCUUUUGGAAGGAUUUAAAAAGAAAUCUGGGGAGUUAAAUGAAGAGAUAAAACAACUAAAAGAAGAGAUUGAAAACACUAAACAGGAACGCUCAGCAUUAUCACAAUUCCUUGAUAUAGCCGGCAAUGUGUUAAUGACAGUACUACCUGGUACUGGUAAAGUACUUGGGGCAGGGAUGAAAGCUCUCAGCAUACACAUGAAGUAG